UUAUAAUACUCUCUUUUCCCCGUCUGAUCUCCUCCAUAUAUGUAAUAUAUAUGCUGAAGAAGAUUUUGGCUAUAUUUUACUCCUAAUUAUAAUCUGUUAUGCAAAAUUAUUAUGAGACUGUAAUUAAAACUGGUUUCUUCUUUAUCACUCAAAGUUCUGGGUUUCUUUUUUUUUUUUUUAGGGGUUACAGUUAUAAUUAUAUUAUAACUUUUUUUUCGAUAUCACCCCUUUACCAUGAAAAUGGUGAACAAUAUAAUAUUUUUCCUAUAUUAUAUAUUGAUAUUCUUUCAGUAGAUCAUAUAUAAUUAAUAACAAAAAUACGGUACUGAGAUGGGUUUGCUGAUCUGGCUUUUGAAUGUGUGCCUUAGUAACAGCUGUGAAGGCCGUUUCUUCCCUUUUGCUUUUGUAGUCAAGGCUCAAACAAAGGUGUGGAAGAACCCCUUGAGCUUUAGAAACACCAGCCGGGUUCUCUCUCUCUCUCUCUCUCCCUCCCUCACACAACACACACACACAAACCGCCUGCCUGCGGUUCUUAAAUUGGCAAAGGCUUAAAGGUGGUAUGUAGGUUUUGAGGGCACCUUUUUCUUUUGUUUUGUUUUUUUUUUUUUUGCUUUCUCUCACUAGCUCUAUCUCACACUGGCUUCAGUUAAAGUAGCUAGAGAGGGAAUUCUGGUUCUUUCCGUUGUUAAAGCAAGUUUAUAGCUCAAUCUCGCCGUGACAGUUUACUCUUUUCUUCUCCUUCUCCUUCCUAAUUCGUUUCCCUCCUCUACUCUCCCCUUCUUCUCCUUACCUGAUAUACCCUAGCUAGGUAACAUACCCAUAUUUGCUAUUCUGGCCGGCAUACUCAUCUGGUUUUUGCUGAAUUUCUCGAUCUAAAUUGAAUUUGUUUUCUGGUAAAUUCACAUGCUUAAGAACAUCAUGUGUUCAAUCUCUCUUAUUUUGUUUGCUAUUUUUUAUUCCAGAGUUUUUUCGAUUGUUUGUUGGUUUCUUGUUUUCUGAUCGAACCAGAAUUAAUCCGAGGUUGUCGUUGUCUGAUGAAAUCACAGCAAAAGUUUAUAUUUUGAAGCGUCGUUUUGUCAAAUACCCAUAUAGUUAUUUUCUUGAUCUCUUUUUCCUUUACUUUUGAAGCAUAGAUCUCAAUCAACCUUAUGAUUUCUCUUAUACAUAUAGAGAGCAAAUAUCUGGGAUAUGAGCAGCGGUCUGCCAUACGCAGAUAAAUAUUUCGCAGACGCUUAUAAUUUCAUCAGCUCGAGAGAAAGAAGAUAGAUAGGCUUCCGUACGUCGAAAAGCAAUGAAUAAGAGUAGUACUGUGGGCUCCAUUAGCAGCUCUGAUCUCAUCGAUGCCAAGCUCGAAGAGCAUAAGAUGUGUGGAUCCAAGCAAUGCCCUGGUUGUGGACACAAGCUCGAAGGCAAGCCGGACUGGUUAGGUCUACCUGCAGGAGUGAAAUUUGAUCCUACAGACCAAGAAUUGAUAGAACACCUUGAAGCAAAGGUGGAGGCGAAAGACAUGAAAUCUCACCCUUUGAUAGAUGAGUUUAUCACUACUAUUGAAGGAGAAGAUGGGAUUUGUUAUACCCAUCCUGAAAAACUUCCAGGAGUCACAAGAGAUGGCUUGAGCAAACAUUUCUUCCACAGACCAUCGAAAGCUUACACAACCGGGACACGAAAGAGGAGAAAAAUUCAAACCGAAUGCGAUUUACAGGGGGGAGAAACAAGGUGGCACAAGACUGGAAAAACUAGGCCUGUAAUGGUGAAUGGAAAACAAAAGGGUUGCAAGAAAAUACUCGUCCUUUACACUAAUUUUGGCAAAAACAGAAAACCAGAAAAGACCAACUGGGUCAUGCAUCAAUACCACCUUGGUCAGCACGAAGAAGAAAAGGAAGGAGAGCUUGUUGUUUCAAAGAUAUUCUAUCAGACGCAGCCAAGGCAAUGCAAUUGGUCUGAUCGAAGUACUGCAACCACUGGGGAAGCAAACAGUGAGCCUAAUAGCAGGAGAGAUAGUGGGAGUGGGAGUUGUUCUUCCAGGGAAAUAAUUCCUCAGAGAGACGAACUUUCUCCACCAUCUGGGGUUGCUCCAAUAUCAAGUUACAGUACUUCCAUGGACAUUCAUCAACAGUUUAAAUCCGACCAUUUUAGCUUCGCUCCGUUCAGGAAAAGCUUUGAUGAGGUGGGGAUAGGAGAGGCUUCAACAGCAAGGGAAGCCCCAGGCGCAUCAGGUGGUGGUGGCACGUGCGAAGAUAUGAGGGAUCACCAGAGGCCACAUCAUCCUAUGGCCCAUGACCAUCAUCACCAACAGCAGCACCAACAUCACCAUCCACAUCAUCAAAUUGGGACCACAGCCUUCCACAUCAGCAGGCCUUCACAUCCCAUUUCCACCAUCAUCUCUCCAUCUCCCCUCCACCAUACCUCCAUUAUUCUCGAUCAAGAUCACUCCUACCACAUCUCCAGAAUAAUGCUCCAAAAUGAAAAUUUCCAGCAGCAGCAGCAACUAGAACAAGUACAGCAACCGCAGCAGCAACAGCAUCAUAAACUGGGAGGGAGGUCUGCAUCCGGUUUGGAGGAACUCAUAAUGGGUUGCACUUCAAGUAAUAUCAAAGAGGAAUCAUCCAUCACAAACCCUCAAGAGGCAGACUGGCUGAAGUACUCGUCCUUCUGGCCUGACCCUGACAACCCAGAUCAUCAUGGGUAGGAGCAAAAAAUACAGGGAAUAAACGACACCCUUACAGACAACAUCAUUAUCAUCAUCAUUAGUGCUUGAAACCUUCCUCUCAAGUUUUUUUUUUUUUUUUUCAACGUGAGGCCAAGAAAGCAUCCUUAGUCCGGUCUUUUUCUUUCUUUUUACUGGGGACCUGGCUAAGCUCUGAUGGCUCUCAACCGAACUAUCUGUGCAACAGUCCAUGUUGUAAAGAAAGAGAGAAAGAACAAAAGGAAAAACAAAGAAAAAAGGAAAGAAACCAAGAAAGGCUGCACUCUCUCUGACAGAUAGAAGGAGAACCAAAGACCCAAAAGAAACCCAGCCUGCAUGAAAAUCAUCACCAUUAUGAUUACAAUAUCAUCUUUCUGGCUAUUCUUAUUAUUUUAUUAUUUUAAUUAAGAUGUUUGUAUAAUUUAUCUUUCUUGUUCUUUACAAACAAAUACAAGAGAGUUUGUGCAAAUUGCAAAAAUACUUUGUCAA